CACGGAUCCAAAUCUACUGAGGAAUCCACUAUCCAGAUGCAAUUAUUAGCGGUGGUUACAAUAAAAGUAGCUACUACUAGUCUACUACAACUCCCUCUCACUGAAGAAACUCACACACUUGUCACUACUGAAUAUUGCACAGAAAUGGCUUCAAAAUUGGUAGUAUCCAUAGACUUGAAGAAGAAGCCAUGGGAGCAGAAAUACCCUCUUCACAACCGGUGGCAUCCAGAUAUUCCACCAGUUGCAGAGGCCAAAGAGGGUGAACUUUUCAGAGUUGAGAUGAUGGACUUCAGUGGAGGUGCUAUCACUAAGAACCCCACUGCUGAUGAUGUCAAGUACCUUGAUUGCUCAGUUGUCCAUAAUCUCACUGGGCCAAUCAGAGUUGUAGACAAGGAUGGCAUCCCAGCCAAGGCAGGGGAUCUUCUUGCUGUGGAAAUAUGCAACUUGGGUCCUCUCCCUGGAGACGAAUGGGGUUUUACAGCAACACAUGACAGAGAAAAUGGAGGUAGUUUCUUGACAGACCAUUUUCCUUAUGCCACUAAAGCUAUCUGGUACUUUGAAGGGAUAUAUGCUCAUUCGCCUCAGAUACCAGGAGUAAGAUUUCCAGGUAUAACACACCCGGGUAUAAUUGGAACCGCGCCAUCAAAGGAACUCCUUGACAUAUGGAAUGAAAGGGAGAGAGAUGUCGCGGAAAAUGGUGUUGAGUCUUUGAAGCUAUGUGAGGUUCUGCAUUCAAGACCCUUGGCAAACUUACCAACAACAAAAAGUUGUCUCCUUGGAAAGAUUCAAAAAGACAAUCCUGAGUGGGAGAAGAUUGCAAGCGAAGCUGCAAGAACAAUACCGGGAAGAGAAAAUGGUGGAAAUUGUGACAUAAAAAAUCUCAGCAGAGGUUCAAAGGUGUACCUUCCAGUUUUUGUAGAAGGAGCAAAUUUUAGCACUGGCGACAUGCAUUUCUCACAGGGUGAUGGCGAGGUCUCGUUAUGUGGUGCAAUAGAGAUGAGCGGUUUCCUAGAACUAAAGUGUGAAAUUUUUAGAGGUGGAAUGAAAGAGUACCUUACACCAAUGGGGCCUACUCCCCUUCAUGUUAACCCAAUAUUUGAGAUAGGUCCUGUUGAACCAAGCUUCUCAGAGUGGCUGGUGUUUGAGGGCAUCAGUGUGGAUGAAAGAGGGAAGCAGCACUACCUAGAUGCAACUGUUGCGUUCAAGCGAGCAGUGCUCAAUGCCAUUGACUACAUAUCCAAGUUUGGUUACUCCAAAGAACAGGUGUAUCUUCUGCUGUCUUGCAUUCCUUGUGAAGGAAGAAUCUCUUCAAUAGUGGAUGCCCCCAAUGCUUGUGCCACUCUGGCCAUCCCAACAGCUAUAUUUGACCAGGAUAUCCGUCCUAAAAAUAACAAGGUACCAACUGGACCUCGCCUUGUGAGGAAACCAGAUGUCUUCAAAUCCACUUAUGAUGGGAACUUGCCCAUUACUAAGAAUCCUGGUGCCACAUCAUGAUCCAUGUUAAGCUAGAAAUCACAUGCUUCUGUAACAGAUCCCAGAAGUCAUUGGCUUUAUGCCACAAAUAAAGUUUGAAAUAAAUGGACUUCUGUAUCA